UUGGUGCAAAUCACGGUUAAUAUUGGAUAUCUUGAAAAGUCCUGUGAAUCCCUUGGCGUUUAUAUUACGAAACUGACCAGCGGUAAUGAGCUGAAUGUGUCAAUGACUGCUCAUCAAUUGUCGCUAACUGAGCGUGUGUUUAGAGAUGCUAGGAGUGAGGUAGAAGCGCAGAUAGAGGAUUGUAUACGGGAUAAAGUUGAUGCUUUCAUAGAACUUGCACAAUAUGAUUGGGAGCUGCCAGCUUCUUCGGGUCAUGCUUCGGACUAUAUAAGUGACCUUAUAAGUUAUCUUUCUACCACUUUCCUCUCAUUCACCAAUCUACCUUCUGUAUUGGCUCGACAUGUUUGUAUGCAGCUCACGGUAAUCUUGUUGUUCUAUGAUACCAGCUUAUCGAACCCACUCGCUCAUUUGCAGACUUGCAAACAUCUGUCAGCAAGGCUGUCCGAUGUGCUGCUGUCGCCAGAUGUUCGUGCGAUCUCCAUGGGGGCACUGGAGCAAUUUAGUCUGGAUGUAAUGCAAUGUGAAAUGUUUACUGCACGAUGCCCAGUGCCUGGCUUUGAUCAUAAC